GCAGAUGGCAGUACAGGUGGGUGAGACCCUGGACCUGGAGAAGGAGAACGGGGCAGGGCUGGGGGCUCCCUGAGCCACCCGUGCUCUCUGUCCACAGAGAUGGGGUGUGGGCUCUGGCCUCUCAUCAGAUCUCAGGGCUGAGAGGGCGUCAGGGUGAAGGUCCCCCCAGAGCUGGCCUGCUGGGCAGGCCUGUCCCUCCCACCCCAGCUCUGGUCGCCCUGUCACAAAGACACCAGAGGAACAGAGCCUUAGCCUAUGUCUGGCACUGGGUUGGGGGCAGGCUGGGUGGGCAGGGACCUUCCUGGACAGAUGGAACACGUGGAGUGGGGGUGGGGGGUGGGAGGGAGGAGGCUGCAGCCCCAUGAGGCUGGUCCCCCUGUCUCUUCCACUCAGUUUGAAGCCUUCUGUGCGGGGGGGCCUGGCCCCUGGCUGGAACCUGCUGGUCCAGGGACAUGCUGACUCUGGAGAGGACAGGUUCGAGACUAACUUCUUGUUGGUGACGGGGGACAUUGCCUUCCACGUCAAGCCCCAGUUCUCCAGCGCCACCAUGGUGGGCAAUGCCUUCCAGGAUGGCCGCUGGGGCCCGGAGGAGGUGUCUAGCAUCUUUCCGCUGGCCCCGGGGGAGCCCUUUGAGAUAGAGGUCAGCUCAGACGCGGAGCACUUCCACGCCUACGCCCCGGAGCCCAAGGUGCUGCAGUUCCCAGGCUGCCAGAGGCCGCUGGGCGCCAUCACCAGGGUGCACGUGCUGAGUGACCACCGCCUGGCCCAGGUGGAGCUGGCCAAGAGGGGCCUGAGCUGGGGGUACGGUCCCUGCCUCCACCCCAGGCCCCUGCCCAUUCCCGCCCCACACUGCCCAUCCCAGCAGAGACUUUGCUCCUCACCCUGA